AUGAGGCUGCUUCUGUGUUUCUGCAUCUUCCUUGUCGUCCUCCUCGCCGGCUCCUCCUCCGACUCCCUCUCCGAGCGCUGCCCCCUGCAGCACCGCCGGCAGCUCCACGACGUCGUCGUGAGGCUGCAGGCGACAGCGGCGGCGAGCACUGCGGCUGCAGUAGGGCCACGGCAGGAGAUCGCCGAUCCGGUCUAUGGGACCUCCAAGAGGGUCAGUCCGGGGGGAUCCAACCCUCAGCACCACCGCUGA